GGAUUCCUGGCUGGUUUCCAUACCAAGGCGAACACCAGCCGGGCAACCCGAGUUUCCUCCACCAACAGAUUGAGAUUGUUCGAUCCUUCCCGACCUGUUCAUGAGCUGUCUGCUCCACCGCUCCCUCCAUCGGGCCCAGAUAGCUUGGAUCUGGUGAGCCCACAAUGAGGCGCAAGUAAGGCUUUCCGUGCGGAUUGGCCCUGUUGGUUGUCUUGUCUCAUCUGACUUCUUUGUUGCUGUGACGGUCAAAGAAAGCCGUCAUGACCGUGCACAUCGGAGAACUGAGCAAGAUGCUCGGCGUCGUGAUGCUGGUGACUCCGCCUCGACUUCAUGUCUAUUAAACAACAGCGUGGCCGCUGUCGGGACUUUUGUUGUCCAAUUUCUCGCAUGCCUCUUCCCUCCCGCAACUUCUCGUAUCCUCCUCCACUCUACUACUUCCCGAUAUCGCUUCGUACUACCCGAAGUGUACAUGGUUGCUUCUCGCUAUCAGGUCGUCUCGGCUGCUUGUGCUUUACCCCAACUCAUCGCUCUGAGUCCUACCCCACCGUCGCUAUUUGUCCAAAUGGAUCUCUCGUCACUAGAAGGCCCUCCCAUCGCGGACGCGCGCUUCACUGUCUCGUCAGAGAGCCCAAAGGAAUACAUGACUGUCCCACGUAUUCGCCUUGAUACUGGCUUGGCUAGCACACUACCUCAGCGUCCUGCCUCUGCAUGCGACUCUCCCAGGCCAAAGGCAGAUUAUUGUCCAUAUUCAACCCAAGAGCGACAGGACCCUAGACUCUGCCGCCGCUGUCACUUCAGAAUACAUUCGACUGGGGACCUGAGUACACCUAGCCCUCGCGAAGCAAGCCCAUCGCCAUCCACCUACCCGGCUCUCAACCUGCCUCCUCCUCCACCUUCAUCAUCGUUUGCUUACUCUCCCUGGGCAUCACGGAGUAGGAGCAUGACAGACCUCACUCUUCAGCCUGCUCACACCACCGGCCCUGUGUCUCGCGAGACAACCACUCCACCGGCCAGCCAACUCAUCUGGCUUGAGUCGGAAGAGCUUUGGGUCCUCAAGCCUUCGUCGCCCUCGUCCUCCGCACCAUAUCUUUCCCCACUGGCUCCUCGCUCGAUACACAGUGCUACCGGCAGAGGUGGACAUCCAUCCUCCCUAUCGGUGUUUGAUGACUACGCUUCCGACUCGGAAUACUCCGACCAGCCUCCACGGUAUGAACAUCACAUCUACGAUCGACCUUUUGUUCCACUUUCCGAUCGAGCAAGGGAAGUUAGCAGUAGCCGGAGAUCGCGCUGGUCAGCCGUGGCUCGCAGGAGAGCAAACCGGGCUCUCUCGGGCUGAGAAAGGCUCCUGACUCGUGCUUUGUCUCAUCUUGUGUUGGAAUGAUGAGUGGAAGUCAUUUUGACGAGUGAAGCUGUGGUUCUUUUGGUUUCUCCGUCUGUACCUUGGUUGCCUUUCUAUUCAUUUUGGCCCUGUUUGCUGCAUCAGAGAGCGAUGAUACCCACAAUCUCGAUUUAGCUUUGGUUUACUUCAGCUACUUAUGGUUCCCUCUAACUAGAUGUGCUGAGUACUAUUUUCCGAUUGUAAUAUCUCGUACCUGCGCUUCAUACUCUUAUUCGCGUUUGAGAUGCGCUUCGCUUCUUGGUAAUCUACUCUUACUCACAG